GACGCUAGAAAGCAGCAGGACCCCCGUAGAAGAAGAAGCGUCGUGCUACGUCACACAGCGUUACCAUCCACAACAAACAUGGCGGACGAUCACACAGAUGUGGACACGUCCAUGGAGGGACACACUCCAGUCUCUGAGAAUCCUCACGGCGAGUACGGUGUGACAGACAGCCUCCAGAGGACGGUGGAGAACGAGAAGGCGGGCUCGGAGAAGAUGUCCAAGCAGAAGGUGGACCUGCAGGCGCUGCCGACACGGGCCUACCUGGACCAGACCGUGGUCCCGAUCCUGCUGCAGGGUCUAUCGCUGCUCGCCAAGGACAGACCUCCGAACCCCAUCGAGUACCUGGCGGCCUUCCUGCUUAAGAACAAGUCCCAGUUUGAGGAGAGGAACUAAACCUCACAUUUGUUCAUAAACUGUUGCUUUUUAUUUUCCACAAUAAACAUGUUGAUGAAA